GUCUGGCCGCUUGCUGGGAGGAAAGGCCAACUCUGCUUCCAGAGGACUGAGCGGCCGUAAGUUGCAGUGGCUUUGUAGGCUCUAGCCACGCUGGACGCCACUGACCUGGGAGCUCAACAGCUUCCGAGGGGACGCGAUCCCGGAAAUCGAAAGGAAUCAGCGGCGCGGUGGGUCCCGGGAGCGCGGGAUCGGAGCGCCUGGAAGCCCGGAACCCGGCGGGCAGGCGUGGAGUAGAGCAAGUGUUUUGCUGAGUAGAGCUCCUCUCCCCGGUCCGCUGCUCUAGAGACAUUGGAAGAAGAGAAGGAGAUAGAGACAAAGAGAUACCUGCAGCACUAUUCCACUGGUGACUCAUGGAGCUUUCCCCCUGCAUGUGGGAGCUGGGGGCCUGAACCUGGGUCCUUGUGCAUGGUUACAUGUGUACUCAACCAGCUCCCGCUGGACUUUGUGGAAGCAUGGCAGUGAGCCACUCAGUGAAAGAGCGGACCAUCUCCGAGAACAGUCUGAUCAUCCUGCUGCAGGGCCUCCAGGGCCAGGUUACCACUGUGGAUUUGCGGGAUGAGAGCAUGGCCCGCGGGCGCAUAGACAAUGUGGAUGCCUUCAUGAACAUCCGCCUGGCCAGCGUCACCUACACAGACCGAUGGGGACAUCAGGUUGAGUUGGAUGACCUUUUCGUGACAGGCCGCAAUGUCCGCUAUGUGCACAUCCCUGACAAUGUGAACAUCACAGCCACCAUCCAGCAGCAGCUACAGAUCAUCCAUCGGGUGCGCAACUUCGGUGGCCAGGGCCAAGGGCGACGGGAGUUUCCCUCCAAAAAGUACAAGUGAGCCUGUCCCCUCAGUGGGCCCUUCCCCCAUUCAGGUUCCUCCAGAACUUUACUGAGCCUGCUAUGCCUCUCUGCCCAGAACCUGGAAAGUGGGCAGCAUCACCCCACAACUGGUGUUUGACAAACACCACCUGUUCACAACUGCCUUUCACAGGAUCUACCUCCCAGACUCACCCAGGAACUAUUGAUUGUAUUCUGUUUCUAUGUGACCUUAGCAUAGGUGACAGUCUUCCCUUUGGAUCGUCAAAUCACUUCACACCUUCUCCUGAUGAAGAUAGUUAAAUAUGUUCAUUCUGAGCCACGUUUUAAUUAUCUCUAGUUCUCUUGAAAUUGUCUUCUUCAUUUACUUACAGACUAAACUGAGAUACACACAAAUCCACACCUCAUAGUUUCCUUGAUAGAUGCUGAGGUGCCUGUUGGUCUGUGUCAUAGGGUACUGGGUCUCAAAUUUUGUUUGCAAAUUGGAAUCAUUUGUUCUACCCUCAGCUGUUAUGAUUCCAUUGGUAUUGAGUGUGGCCUGGGCACUUAGAUUUGUUUCCUAGGUGAGACUAAUUUGCAGCCAAUCAGUAAUGGAAGUAGGAGAAUCUGGUUAGGUGCAAAGGGACUUUUCUGUGCAGGUUUCCUGUUGAAUGGGUGGUAGUUUCAUUGCUGUUUUCUAAGUUGGAGAGGUUGGAGUAAUUCUGGACUCACCCCUUGAAUAUAGGACCUUGUUCAACAACAAGAAAUCAGGCUCUGAUUCUGAGAGUCACUGAGUCCUCAGGUAAGAAGAGUGUCUCGGGGUUAGAACUUGCUGCCCUACUAACCCUGUCAUAGGCAAACAAGCAUCUCAUUAAAAGUUGCUCAGUUUGGGAGUUGGGCGGUGGCACAGCGGGUUAAGCGCACGUGCCGCAAUGCGCAAGGACCGGCAGAAGGAUCCUGGUUCGAGCCCCCGGCUCCCCACCUGCAGGGGAGUCACUUCACUGGUGGUGAAGCAGGUCUGCAGGUGUCUGUCUUUCUCUCCCCCUCUCUGUCUUCCCCUCCUCUCUCCAUUUCUCUCUGUCCUAGCCAACAACAAUGAUGACAUCAAUAACCACAACAAUGUUAAACAACAAGGGCAACAAAAGGGAAAAUAAAUUUUUUUAAAAAUUUAAUGAAAAAAAAAUGGCUCAGUUCUUGGAACCAGACUUUGUCAAAUAAAUAUUCACAGAGAUCUGUCUUCCUGUGCUAGGCCUCAGCUGAGUGCAGAAUAAGAUUUGGUCUCUUGGGAGUAGAGUGGGAGUACAGUGGGUUAAGUGCACAUGGCAUGAAGCGCAAGGACCAGCGUAAAGAUCAGUUCAAGCCCCCAGCUCCCUACCUGCAGAGGAGUCACUUCACAGGUGGUGAAGCAGGUCUGCAGGUGUCUGUUUUUUUCUCUCCCUCUCUGUCACCCCUUCUCUCUUGAUUUCUCUCUGUUCUAUCUGACAACAACAACAGCAUUCACAACAAUAAUAGUGAUGACAACAAGGGAAACAAAAUGGGAAAAAUGGCCUCCAGGAGCAGUGGAUUUGUAGUGCAGGCACCAAGUCCCAGCAAUAACCCUGGAGGCAAAAAUAAAAGAUUUGGUCUCUUUGGCAGAACAUAGGUCAUCAAAAAAAAAAAAAAAACAACACAAA